AAAAAGACGCGAAACCUCUCUUCCUCUUCCACCACCGCUGGGUCCCGCCCCGCGGCGGCGGCGGAACCGAACCCCGGCCGGUGCGGUGAUGGAGCGCGAGCGCCGCGCGCCAGCGGCGGCGGCGGCGCUGUGGGGGCACAAGCACCUCCACCUGCUGGCGCGCGCGGGGUCCAAGGAGUCGCUGGAGUACAUCCUGCAGGCGCUCUGGCGCACCCGCCGCACCGGCCUCGACGCCGCCGACCGCGCCGUGGUCCGCGACGCCCUCCAGCUCGCCUCCUACGCCGAGAUCGACCCCCUGCUCGUGUGCCUGAGGAUACUGAUCAGGCGGUGCGCCAGCGAGGACGUCUCCAAGGACGACAUCCCCAAGCUCUUCCCCGACGAGGUGCCGCCCGAGUUGCAGAAGCUGCUCACGUUGCUGCUGCAGAAGUUCCAGCCAGAGUGGCAGGAGGAUGCUUCAAAGGAUCAGGCAUCUACCCCACAUACAGGCACUGCAGAAUGUCAGUUGAACCAGAAUGGAGACACAUCAGAGCAGCCAGCUGCUUCUGAUGCAGAGGCAUCUAACCUGCAUUCCGGCACUGCAGAAUGUCAGAUGAACCAGAAUGGAGACACAUCAGAGCAGCCAGCUGCUUCUGAUGCAGCAGCGCUUCAAAAUGGCACCACAUCUGUUAAGGAUGCUAUAAAAGCACGAGAGAAAGAAGUGGAGAAGUUUCCAUUGGCUAAGGAUUCUUUGGAUAAAAUGCUCAAGGAAUUGUUCUCAACAAAGGACCAAAUGCCAGUUGCUGGCAGUAGCAAUGGUCAUCAAGAGGUAGCAGGAAGCACUUCUAAAAUGUGACGGGAUUUGGCAACAUCAUUAGUUUAGUCUAGUGCUUGUUAGUAAUUUGGCAUAACAAUGCCUGGUUGUGUUAGUUCGCUCUAGAUGGUUGCGGACUUGUGGCAACUGCAUUCCGUUUCUGCCAAGUUCUAAUGUAAAUCGAAAGGAUGUUCCUGAGUCUUGACGACUUGUAAAUUGAUACUACUACAUGUUUUUAAGUCCAUUGCUGGUAUCGGUGCCGUGGCAUACUUAAACUGAUUCUUCCAUUUACAUUGCUGGGAA